UCCCUCUCUUUCCUAUAAAUUUUUGCAAACAGAGCUCGUAACUAAACACCAACCGAAACAAAACCAAAAAAAAAAAGCUAUACCGAAUGUCUUGUAAAGGAGGUGGAGAAGGCUCCUACAUGUCACCUGCAAAGUCUGUAUCUGUGGACGACCGCCUCCUACUCAAACACCACCACUCUGAAAUGGAGCUCCAAACCUCCACAAGAAGAGGCAGAGCCAGUACCAGAGCUAGUCUCUCUCCCACUCUUGCAGAGCUCCUCAAGCGCGUAGAAGAUGCACAAAGCCACAACACUAGUCCUGAACAUCAGGUCAUCGAGCUCAGUUCCAUCCCCACCUCUUACCCUUUUGUUCUUUCCUUCAACAACUUGAAUUACAGCGUCAGAGUCAGCCACAAAAUGGCCUUUCCUCCUUUCUGUGGAGAUGGCAAUAGAUUUGACGAGAUGAAGGUUUUGUUGAAUGAUAUAUCUGGGGAAGCAAGGGAAGGCGAAAUCAUGGCCGUUCUUGGGGCUAGCGGAUCAGGUAAGUCAACAUUAAUCGAUGCUCUGGCGGAUCGUAUUGCAAAAGAGAGCUUGAAAGGCUCAGUGACUUUGAACGGUGAAGUUCUGGAGUCGAGGCUUUUGAAGGUGAUAUCAGCCUAUGUCAUGCAAGACGAUCUCUUGUUUCCCAUGCUUACAGUGGAAGAGACGCUCAUGUUCUCAGCCGAGUUCAGGCUUCCUCGGUCACUCUCAAAAUCCAAGAAGAAAGCCAGAGUAGAAGCUCUGAUUGAUCAACUGGGCCUGCGAAGUGCAGCCAAGACAGUGAUAGGAGAUGAAGGACACAGAGGUGUCUCGGGAGGCGAAAGAAGGCGAGUGUCUAUUGGACUUGACAUCAUUCAUGACCCAAUUGUACUGUUCCUGGACGAACCAACCUCUGGACUUGACUCCACAAGCGCUUUCAUGGUGAUCAAGGUGCUGCAGAGAAUUGCACGGAGUGGAAGCAUUGUCAUAAUGUCCAUACAUCAACCCAGCUCCAGAAUCUUGAGCUUGCUGGACCGUUUGAUAUUCCUCUCGCACGGACAAACUGUGUUCAGCGGCUCUCCGGCAAGCCUUCCGCAAUUCUUCUCCGAAUUUGGACAUCCAAUCCCAGAGAAUGAAAACCGAACUGAGUUUGCUCUUGACUUGAUUCGCGAACUAGAAGAAACUCCUGGCGGAACCAAAGGCUUAGUGGAGUUCAACAAGGCCAGUCGAAGGCAAACCCGGAGAAACUACAUCACGAAUAACGGUUCAAAUCUUUCUCUUAAAGACGCCAUAAGCGCCAGCAUUUCGAAAGGAAAGCUGGUGUCGGGAGCCACGAAUGAGUCAAAUUUAAUAUCAUCUGCAUCCGUGCCAACUUUUGCAAACCCAUUCUGGAUUGAGAUUCUGGUGAUUGCGAAGCGAUCAGUCACAAACUCGAGAAGAAUGCCACAACUUUUCGGGAUUCGUUUGGGAGCAGUUCUGGUAACGGGAAUAAUUCUGGCCACCAUCUAUUGGCAUCUGGACAACUCCCCCAAAGGCGUCCAAGAAAGACUCGGCUUCUUCGCAUUUGCCAUGUCCACCACCUUCUACACCUGCGCAGAGGCCAUUCCGGUCUUUCUCCAAGAACGCUACAUCUUCAUGAGAGAGACGGCUUACAAUGCUUAUCGCCGCUCUUCAUACGUUCUGGCGCACUCCAUCAUCUCAGUCCCAUCCUUGAUUUUACUAUCCCUGGCCUUCGCGGCAACAACUUUUUGGGCCGUGGGCCUUGCAGGCGGGCUUUCGGGAUUCUGCUUUUUCUUUUUCACCAUGCUGGCCUCUUUCUGGGCAGGAAGCUCGUUUGUGACGUUCUUAUCCGGCGUCGUUUCGCACGUGAUGUUGGGUUACACAGUGGUGGUAGCGAUUCUGGCAUACUUUGUCCUGUUCAGUGGGUUCUUCAUCUCUCGCGACCGGAUUCCUCCCUACUGGCUGUGGUUUCACUACAUCUCCUUGGUAAAGUACCCCUACGAAGGAGUUCUUCAGAACGAGUUCGAUGACCCCACCAAGUGCUUUGUGAGAGGGGUACAAAUGUUCGAUAAUACCCCCCUGGGCUCGGUGCCUCUGUCCUUGAAGACGAAGCUUUUGAACAGCAUGAGCACUGCCCUGGGCAUGAACAUAUCCGGGAACACCUGCGUCACUACGGGACGUGAUAUAUUGCAGCAGCAGGGAAUCACCGAUAUAAGCAAAUGGAAUUGCCUUUGGAUUACUGUUGCUUGGGGGUUUUUCUUCCGGUUUUUGUUUUAUUUUACUUUGUUGCUGGGAAGCAAGAACAAGAGGAGAUAGAUUAUCUAUAAUUACUCUAUAUUUUUUUCACACAAAAAAAAAAACCACAAUUUUCUUUUUAUGACCAAAUGUUAAAAGCAUUUAAUAUUCACGUUAUAUAUACAUGAGAAGUGAAGUUUAAGGAACUAAUUACAUUGAGAAUUUUCAAAA